GUUUAUCACAGAUUUAUUCUAAUUUAACGAGAAUAUCCUUUGUUAUCACGGAUUAAAGAUCCAAGUAUCUUCAGACGGUCGAUCAAGCGGGUAACCUAACAAAUCCUCGGAGGUUUUCUGGCAGAGUCGAAUAAAAACAGGAAGAAGAAAUGCCGGAGAAGCCAACAGAGAAGGGAAACGCAUACCAUCACUGGCUAUUUGACGAGAUAAAUAUUCUGAGCGAAAUCUUGGGGGAUCGGCUAAGAGAAUCUCGUAUAGUAAGACGUUCGAAGUCAAUCGAUUGGGAGUCGGUUACUGAAGGAUACAAUGAUCGCUUUAACGUUUGUUUUCAAGAGAAAGGCGUUCUUAUGAGAGAUGGAGAAAGUGAACUACGCGAAGGUCGUUCUGCACCAAAUAGGACUCGGCAAGAAAUCAAAAUGAUUUCUAGCAAUGACCCUCGUUUGAGUAGCAUCGUAGCAGAAUACAAUGAUUUGAAGAAGAAAAUAGACAAUGAUAUAAGUGAGGAUUCAAGUCAGGUAGAAGUCUAUGAGGAAGAUCAGAGUCCCCCACGAAUGUUCAAAUGGAAAGGAGUUAGAUAUAUUGACAACAACGACCGCACAGAGGCAGAAGUUAACAAGCCAGACAAGAGCAAGACCAUCAUUGAGUACAUAAGUCUACUCACUGAGACGGAACAGGAAAAUCCCGGAAAUUUUAAAUUGGGUCGAGUUCUUUUUGAAUACAAAGAAAGAUUGAGAUGGAAGUCACGAGAUGAUGUUACAGUGCUUAAUCAAUGGCGUAAACUAAUGUUGCACAGAACAUCAGGGAUUCCCCUAAAAGGAGAAAAAGCAGAGCCCAGUCUUACUUACGCUUGGUCUUGGGAUGAAAGGCACAGACUCGCGAACAUACUCACAAAGCGAACGAGCAUAAAUAGUCUUCGUAAGAAAAAUUAUUCAGGAGUGGACUUUUCGUCGGUCUUUGAGGAAUUUAACGACACUCUCAAUAUUUAUCGAAGCGAAACCCAAAUUAAAAGGUUCGCUGAAAAAAACAAUCUCUCAAAGUUCACAGAUGACUACAUCGAGGAAGAAAACAAGAGAAGGAUAGAUAGUGCGAAUGAUACCGCAUCUGCGUUUGCGUCGAAGAGGCCAAGAAUUUCCUCUUCCGGCAGUAGUCAGUAACACCGAUUCCAACGCAUUCCAUUAUCAAGAUAUUUGGAGUCAUGUCUGCUGUUUUUACGAAAUAUUAUCGUUUAGAGAUCGUCUUUCAGUUAGUGAUUCCGUUUGGACUCAAUUGUUUUUCAUUUCUGAUGAGGCGGCAAGAGACUGUCACGUGAGGCUAGGUGUGGAUUCUCAGGGACAAAAAUUGAUGGCCUUGCAUUCUUACUGAUGAGUUUCUGAAAAUUUGAGAUUGGAGAAAAUUUGGAAUUAUCAGGUUCUGAUUCA